AUGUCAUUUACAUCCAUCACCAAGCGUAUACCGCUCCAACACGAUCUCCACCUUCACAUUGAACAGUCAUUUCCUUGGCGACAACACCAAGACCAUCCGACCAUUUUCUUUCUCCAUUUCUGGGGAGGAUCUUCUAAGACCUGGUCGCCUGUCAAUCACCUGAUUGCGCCGGCCUCCCCAACUGUCAGGAUUGACUUUCGAGGAUGGGGCAACUCUGCUGGUCCCGCAGAUGAAACAAGAUACUCCAUCCUCCAACUUGCCGUGGACGUUGAAUUUGUUAUCACGCAACUGAACCUACGGAAGUACAUUAUCGUCGGCCAUUCAAUGGGGGCCAAGGUCGCUCAAGCUAUUGCUGGACGAAAUCUUGUAGCCGGGCUGACAGGUCUAGUCCUGCUUUGUCCAGCGCCACCAACACCGCUGACGCUGCCUGAGGAGAUGCGCGACCAACAAGUCAGUGCCUACGAUAACGCCCAGAACGCGGAGUUUGUCGCCCGGAACGUCCUCACCGCAAAGCCCUUGCCAGAUGGUACUAUCAAGGGACUUGUGGAAGAUAUGUUGAAGGGCAGCCCUUCUGCUAAAGCAGCAUGGCCACGACAUGCUAUGGAAGAAGAUAUCCUAGAGCUAGCCAAGAGGAUCUCCAUUCCAUCGAUUGUUGUCGCUGGAGGGAAAGAUCAGGUCGAACCUGUGGCCCGUGUCAAGGAUGAGGUCUCUGGUAAUAUUUCCGGCGCCAAAUUUCUUGUGCUGGAAGAGGUUGGACAUCUGGCUCCACUAGAGGCAUCGGAGGAGGUAGCAGAGAUCAUAAGUGAUUUUUUAUCGGGUGGCAUCUAG